AUGCUUGCCAGAAACCCCUCAUUUCCUUCCCGUCUGGACUCGGAUGGGCCCGUCGGAGGGACAGGCCAACUCUUUCAGGGCCUUGUGCUUGCUGCACGCCAUCUGGCUUCUCUCAAGCGCCAUCAGACGGGCCCUAGCUGUACUAAGACUCCUGUAGCAAAUCGACUUGGAGCAGAAGGCCCGCCAGCUCAGCCCUGGGAUGGAUGGGAAGGCGAUCACGCGCUCCGAAGGAACCUCGUACAGGAGAACCAGCAACUCGAAGCCGCGGACAGGUUCACCAACCCCGCAUUCGCCUACAUUGAUUGUUCAUCUAAACAGCCAGUCUUUGCAGGCAAUCCCAGUGCAUUUCUUGCUUGUCCGUGUGGCUGUGGACAGGGGCUAGCUGCUAUGCACAAGUAUAUUGCGAGUCAUACUGUGGGUUUGCUGGGUCCGUUCGAGCACUUGGAGGGAUCAGCUUUCUGCCUAUUGGGGGGAUAUGCUGAAAAAGACGGCUACCCGAGUGCCGUGGUCCGAAUUCGACUUCCGAUCAGAUGGCGGUCCGAUGUACGAAUAUCGGCUGCAGACGAUACAGUACGCCGGCCUGUAGCUCAUGAUGACAUGAUCGUGCCAUCGCACUGGCAACACUCCAGCUACCCAAGGUCUCUCUGUUCUUGUGUUCAUGUCCAGGACGCGUAUGGGGCGAUAUCCUGGGGCAGGAAGUCGGUCGUGUCCGCAGGGACCAGGUUUGAAGUCGCUGCGCUGCCCCACGAUGCAGGUUUGGUACUCUGA